UGUCUAAGCUAUUGUUGUUGUUAGAGUUUCAAUUUAAAUCUGUCAAUCAGCUGUAUUAAAGUCAAGCGGGCCAAUUUGUUAAUCUGAAAUGAAAACAUAAGUCAUAGAGAAUUUACAAGAAUCAAAAUAUCAAUAAAAGAUGCGUAAUCUGGGAACUCUUAUUUCGGCUUCAAAAUUGGCAGAAUGUCUAAAAGCUUCUACAGUCAAGCUUCGUGUCGUCGACGCAACAUGGUACUUGCCAAACUUCAAGAAGACUGGCAUAGAAAGUUACAUGGAAGGCCACAUACCUGGGGCAGUGUUUUUUGACAUAGACGCCUGUUGCACACCCUCGCCAUACGAACAUAUGCUCCCAUCAGAGAAACAGUUCAGCGAAUAUGUCGGCAGUUUAGGAAUCGACAAUGACACUCAUGUAGUUGUUUACAACAACCAUCCUGACUACCCUGUAUUUUCUGCCCCUAGAGUGUGGUGGACAUUCCGUGCCUUUGGACACAAAGCAAUCUCCAUCCUAGACGGUGGAAUGCGAGUAUGGAGAGAUGCAAAGUAUGACAUUGCCACAGGCCAAGGAUCUUCCCCAUCAAAGUGCAAGUACACAGCCAAAUUCAAUCCCAAUUUCGUAAAGUCGUAUGAAGAUGUUCUGAAAAAUAUAGAAACCAAACAGUUCCAGCUGAUUGAUGCACGGCCACGUGGGCGUUUCCUAGGGACAGAUCCAGAACCUAGGCCAGACAUUAAGCCAGGACACAUUCCAGGGGCUAAAAGUGUUCCAUAUGCUACCACAUUUACCUCGUAUGUGGGACCAGAUGGAAAUGAGGCCAAGCAAGGAGCCAUAAUGAAUGCUGAAGACUUGAAGAAAGUGUUUGCUGAUCAAAACAUCGACCUGAGCAAGCCUGUUGUGGCCUCAUGUGGGUCAGGGAUCUCAGCUUGCUGUCUCGUUUUGGCAGCUCAUCUCUGUGGAAAGGAUGAUGUCAGUGUCUAUGAUGGUGCUUGGGUCGAGUGGUUUAAACGGUCUUCACCAGAACUGAGGGUUGGCUGUCCAGAAAAUUGAGCCGAGAGUGAUAUUUAAUAGAUUGUGACAUUUUUUUUUAUUCCUCUCUUUUAAGCUCAUCUAUUUUUGAAAAAAAUUAUGAGCUAUUGUCAUCACCUUAGCGUCGGCGUCCUGUUAAGUUUUGCGUUCAGGUCCACUUUUCUCAGAAAGUAUCAAUGCUAUUGCAUUCAAACUUGAUACACUUACUUACUAUCAUGAGGGGACUGGGCAGGCAAAGUAAGAUAACUCUGGCGUGCAUUUUGACAGAAUUAUGUGCCCUUUUUAUACUUAGAAAAUUGAAAAUUUUGGUUAAGUUUUGUGUUUAGGUCCAUUUUAUUCCUUAAGUAUCAAAGCUAUUGCUUUCAUACUUGCAACACUUAUUAACUAUCAUAAGGGGACUGUGCAGUCAAAGUUAUGUAACUCUGACUGGUAUUUUGACAGAAUUAUGUGCCCUUUUUAUACUUAGAAAAUUGAAAAUUUGAUUAAGUUUUGUGUUUAGGUCCACUUUAUUCCUACAGUAUCAAAGCUAUUGCUUUCAUACUUGCAACACUUAUUAACUAUCAUAGGGGGACUGUGCAGGCAAAGUUAUGUAACUUUGACUUGCAUUUGGACGGAAUUAUGGGCCCUUUAUACUUAGAAAAUUGAAAAUUUGGUUAAGUUUUGUGUUUUGGUCCACUUUACCCCUAAAGUAUCAUAGAUAUUGCUUUCAUACUUGAAACACUCGCAAACUAUCAUAAGGGUACAGUAAAAGGACAAGUUGCAUAACUCUGGUUGUCAUUUUUACGGAAUUAUGGCCCUUUUUUGACUUAGUAACUUUGAAUAUAUGGUUAAAUUUUGUGUUUCAAUCCAUUUUACUUCUAAAGUAUCAAGGCUAUUGCUUUAAAACUUCAAAUACUUUCAUGCUAUUAUGAUGUCACUGUACCUGGCAAGUUGAAUUUUACUUUGACCUUUGAAUGACCUUGACUUUCAAGGUCAAAUUAUUAAAUUUUGCUAAAAUUGCCAUAACUUCUUUAUUUAUGAUUAGAUUUGAUUGAUACUUUGACAAAACUACUCUUACCUGACAUACCACAAUAGACUCCACCCAAACCAUCCCCCUUGCCCUCCCCCUCCCCCCCGAAUCCCCCCCUAUUUUUUGUUUUUUUUGUUUUUUAAGAUCAUCUCACAAAUGACCACCACACCCUCACACUAUACCCCCCCACCCCCCCUCCAAUUUUUUUUAUUUGAAACGAUUAAAAAACACAAAUAUUUAUUUUUAUUAUUUUAUUUUUGAAAUACCGUCCAACCAUCGCACCCAAGAAUCCCCCCCCCCUCCCCCCCCCCCCCCUGAAAUAAUUUUUUUUUCCGCAUUUUUGGAAGAUAAUGUAGUAAUUGUCCACACCCCCACACUAUACACCCCUCUUCACUCCACCCCUCCCUCCUUUGUGAUUGAAAUUGAGAGUCCCUUCACCUUUAAAAAGAAAAUAGAUGAGCGGUCUGCACCCGCAAGGCGGUGCUCUUGUUGCUGUAUGGAAUAGGUAUUAUUAUAUCAAUGUUAUCUUUUUUAAUUUGUAUUAACAUAUCUGCAAUGUUUGUUUAACUUUGCCAUUAUUAUCAUUAUCUGUUAAUAGGUGCAAACAUAAAAGAUCUUUAAUUGGCUGAAGGACCAAAUGCUUAACAAAUAAACACAUUCACAUAUGUCACUGCAUGUAGUAAGAUGAGAAAAUACUACUUAAUUGACAUUGUUAUAUUAAGAUAUAAUUAUAUCCGUUGUAAAGUGAUACAUACUGGCUUAUUUAUUUACUUGUUUAUUUAUGCAAAAUUCACAUUUCUAAGAGACAAAUUGAAAACUAGUGGCUUUUGUUCAUUUUCAAAAGUAUUUUUCUUUUAAUUCCUAAAUAGCCACCACUACCAUUUUAUAUUUAUCCACAAGUUCUUUUUUACAUAUUCUUUCAUUUUUGCUGGUACUAGCUUAACAUAUCUGUAUUUAUACUUCACUGAAAUAUAGACUAGAGUAAACAUUUUUUGCAUGUGUAAGUAAAUAAAGUAAUGCGUAAUGAAUUACUGGUAUCAGGGUAUUAGUUUUAUUAUUGUUAUGUAUUUUAGGGGUUGUUGUUUUAUAUUGUUUUCUACAUAAGUUUUAAAGACAUUUUUUUCAAUGUGUUGUUUUUCAAUACAGUCAUUGAGGGAAACCAAUAUUGAUUGCAAAUAAACACCUGUUGGAAGGAUA